AUGAAGAUAAACUCUGCCAGCCAAUAAAAAUUAGCUAAUGCCAGACCAUAAACUUCAACUUAAAAAACAGGCUAGUCACCAAUAAAGAAUAAUAAGUAUUUAAUAUUGGGAUAAUUUUAGAUAUUUGGUUGCUUCAGGAAUAUCUAAUGCACCUAAAACUGAUAGUAAAAUACCAAAAUCAAUAGCAUUAUCUCAUGAUUUCAUUUCAUUAAUUAAAUCUGGAACUAAUUCCCAUAUCAACAAUUAAUUAUAGGAUAAAAAAUAAAAUUUUCGUAGUUAGUUCAUAUUGGAUAUUAAUGAGGCGAAUUAGAAAAAAAAUAGACCUUCUUCAAGGCUAUAAAUACAACGAUUAGUCAAAAAUAAAAAAACAGAUAAUAAUCUUAAGUAUCAUGAAAAUUUGAUUCAAAAGCAAUUCCAAAAAUUGUUAGAUCUUCAAAAAUAGCAUUAAAAUAUACAUAGAUCUCCUCCUCAAAUACAUUAUAGAGCUAUGAGUAAUGGAGAUCUCAAGCCUAAAAGUGAAAUAGCAAAUAAAUUAAUCGACUAUAUAAAAAAAUAAUCUGCUAAAUAGAUUAAGGGUUAUAGAUCAAUAUCUAAUCCAGAUAUAAUAUUAACAGAUAGAAGACUAAUAUCAAAAUUUGCAGUCAAGUAAGUAUUCUAUUAAUUUUUAAUAGAACUUAAGCAGGAAUGCUUCAUACAAAAUAAGAGAAAGUUAAUCAAGAUUCUUAUGCAAUUCAUGAAAAAAUAGGAGAUAUUGAUAAUUCAUAUUUAUUAUAAGUUUCAGAUGGACAUGGUGUUAAUGGACAUGAAGUUGCAUAAUUCGUUUAAGAAAGAUUACCAAAUAUUAUUGAUUAAUUAUUGAAAUCUCAUAAGGGUAAAAAGGAUUAAGAUAUUAUGAUAUAAGUGAUAUUAAGAUAAGCAUUUGAAAGAACAACAAAAGAAUUAUAUAAAUCAGGAAUUGAUAUUACUUAUAGUGGAGCUACAACUGUUUGUUUAUUAGUUAUUAAACAUACUGGUUGGUGUGCUAAUAUAGGAGAUUCGAGAGCUAUAAUUGGAAGAUAGAAGGAUGGAUUACAUGUUAUUGAACUUUCUCAUGAUUAAAAACCUGAUUUACCCAAAGAAGAAAAAAGAAUAUUAUCAAAUGGAGGCAGAGUUUAAGCCUAUUCUGAUGAAGAAGGAAAUCCAAUUGGACCAGCUAGAGUUUGGUUAAAAAAUGAAAAUGUUCCAGGGUUGGCCAUGUCUCGAAGUUUUGGAGAUUAUGUUGCUGCUUAAGUAGGUGUUAUCUCAAUUCCAGAAAUAAUUAAACAUACAUUUUAAAAUGACAAAUUUCUUAUUAUUGCAUCUGAUGGAAUUUGGGAGUAUUUAUGAUAUUUAUAACAGAUUUCUCGAUAAUUAAUGGAUAAUAGAUACAGUUUUUGGUUAUUAUUUGAAAAAUGAUGCAGAGGGAGCUGUAGACAGAUUAGUAAAGGAAGCUACAGAAUCAUGGUAAAAAGAAGAAGAAGUUAUAGAUGAUAUUACUUGUAUUGUUGCAUUUUUAAAUUGA